UAGCUUUGGCUAAGGCUUUAGGCUUAUCAGAUAGCCUUGGGCUAUUUCAGAGGCAUUGUCGAAACCUCCACAAAGUGUGAGAGUUAGUCUCAUCUCAAAGGCCAAAGUGUACUCAUCUCCUGAGGGUUCGGCUAGCAGCAACAACAACUCUCACGUCAUCAGCCGAGUCAGUGAGUCAGUAACCACUUACAAAGUGACCAGUGACCAAUAGGAGGUGAACAAUACUAUUUUUCUCAUAUCAUCAUUUCUGUGUCCAUCUUAUCUUUUCAUUCAUCCAUUCAUCAGUGAUUAUCAUCCAUUUAUUCAUUGGUGGUGGUUAUUAUUAUUUAUUAUUAUUGUGUGUCAUCGUGUGGGUUUCUUGUGUUUUCUUUUUCUCAUUGUUAUCUGUGUGUCAUUUUGUCUUUGGUUUAAUCUUCGUUUUGGUAUAUUAUUUUGUUAUGCUUAAUGACCUUCACACCAUUUACUUGAUUUAAACGACCAUAAGGUCUUAAGAGCAAGUAACGUAAUUACUCUCACUUGCUACAGGUGUUGUUAAUAUUGUUGCUUCUUACUUAUACAUUAAAUUUAUGUUAAGGACUACCUUCGUAUUUUCAUCACCUCAUUUAAUGUUCGGGUAACCAGUUUCUUAAAUUAUCACCCUAGACAAAACUACUGUGUCGCUCGUAACAUUAUUGGGGGCCUGUCCGGGAUCAUAUGUAGUGGAUUAUUAUAACUAAUUCAUUGUUAUUUUCCACCACUUCAUCUUCGCUAAUCAUUUAUUGUUUCAUGUAUGUUCGUUCACCCCUAGUAUCACUCCUAUUACUUUUGUAAUCACUGUGUCACUGUGUUUGUUGGUGCUGUUUCAUGUGCAACGUGAUUGAGUGUAGGGAUUGACUGUGCCUUUAAUAACUAACCACGCAAAGGCCUAGCGUGGAGACUUUAUCAGUUCCUCAUACUCUUAAUUACGUUUUGCUCUGUUCGAAUCUUUCCUGUGAGACACUUUCUCCCCAUAGCCUACGAGACUAUUUUCUUUAGGAACCACUGACGUUCCGAAUCAAUUCAAUACUUCACUCGACUCCUAACUUGACCAGCUCAAACUCAAACGAGUACUUAAUGCCAGAUCCUGUUUGCAGAUGUGGGUAUUGCAUUCUCUGGUCAUUCUCCACUGGCUCGUUAUCUUCGUCGAAGUGUUAUCUCUUCAGGGGUCGCUCCCCUAUCAAUUAAUCUCAUGCCAGGAUUGUGAACUAGUUAAUAGUUCAGGAGAUUACUGUGUCACAUUCCAAGCAUCACUUUUAACCAUUAGUGGUUACUAACAACUUUCGUACAACCGUUAAAUCGACUUGUACAUCAAUCAAAAUGGUGUUCAACGUAGAAGAGUUUGUCGGUAAUCCCUCUGUGGAGGAACUUAAAACCGCAACUGUAACUGUGGAACAACUUAAAUAUAUUGCUACAAACUAUAAUAUUCCCUUCACUAGUCAAACAAGAAAACCAGAGUUGAUGUCCCUAAUUCUAGCUCAUCUGGGUGACCCUGAGGAGGAGGCUGACCACCUCAUGGAAAGUCCUACCUCUUUGGGUUCUGCAAACCUCGCAAUCGCCCUAGAGAUAGAGAGGGUGAAAAUGCAGGCACUCCAGAUGAAGCUAGAAUAUGAAAAAGAAGCAAGAGCACUUGAAAGGGAAGAGAAAGCACUUGAAAGGGAAGAGAAAGCACUUGAAAGGGAAGAGAAAGCACUUGAAAGGGAAGAGAAAGCACUUGAACGUGAACAUCAACUCAGCGUGCUUCAGCUGCAGUCCUCAGACAGGGGGACUCGAACCCCUAAUAGGUUGCAGAUAACCAAAUUUCUUCCUCUUAUGCCUCAAUUCUCGGAUUACGAUCCAGAAGCAUUCUUUCGGGAAUUCGAAUCCUCUGCCAUUCACUUCGAUCUACCUAAGGAGGACUGGCCAUGGCUAGUCAAGCCCAAACUCAACGGUAAGGCCUUGGCAGUCCUAGACAAUAUCGAAGACAACUCAGAUUACGAGGUAGUAAAAAGCGCUAUUUUAGCAGCUUAUGCAGUUACCACAGAGAGAUAUCGACAAACCUUCCGCAACAUGAACAAGACAUCUGGUCAAACAUACUUGGAGUUUGCAUCAGAGAAACUCCGAGCUUUGAGACACUGGCUUAAGUCGGCAGCUGUAACCACAUAUGACGAUCUGGUAAACCUUGUAGCUCUAGAGGAAUUCAAAAGGAAGAUACCAUACUCAAUCAUGUUGCACAUCACUGAUAAGGAUGAGACUGAAUUCUUAAAAGCCGCCAAAUUGGCGGAUGUCUUUUCACUAAUACAUCGCUCUAUGCCCUCAGGAGACAAGAAACUUCAGCCUGUGGGUAAGUCAGGUGCAAGCUAUAGCAAGGAUGUAAAACCCGCAGAGAGUAGUGGUACUGCCAAGUCUUUUCUCUCUUGCAGUUUUUGUAAAAAGGUGGGCCAUCUCAUAAAGAAUUGUCCUGAUCCUAGGUGUAAAGUAGCAAGGACCUCUACAUUCUCUAAACCAGUCGCCUCUCUCAACACUCCUUCAGUUCUUCCUCCCACUGACCCUUUUCAACCCUUCAGGUCUCAAGGUACUGUGGCUCUCAACACGGACUCUGAAGGGCACCCUCUCCAGAUUAUGCGGGAUACUGCCUCUGCCCAAUCUAUCAUUUUAAAAUCCGCUCUUCCAGGGAUUGAGCAGCAGUACACGGGGGAGAAGGUACUCAUAAAGAUUUUCAUCAAACCUUUCCCAUACCUCUGGCUAGGGUGCACUUAAACUGUCCGUUGGUUGUGGGAGCAGUUACCAUUGCUGUCAGUGAGGAUAAUUCUCUACCUAUCCCUAAUGCUAAUUUCCUGUUGGCUAAUGAUCUGGCUGGGGGACUAGUCGUUCCACCUAUCAUAACUAAUGUCUCCCCAUUGCAUUACAACCCUACAGCUGACAUGGAAAAGGAGCAGCCUAACAUUUUUCCUGAAUGUGCAGUCACUCGAGCACAGUCUGUUGCCGCUGCUCCAGAGCCACCUCAGCCCUUACCAACCACCCUCCAUCCUACGCCUCACGUUGGGGUUGGUAAGGUAUUCACUGACCACUUACUUGCUGAGGCUCAAAAAGACGAUACCACCCUGUCUCGAUUUCAUACCCAAGCUAUACCUAAAGACCAGAUCACUUCCUCACCUUCUUUCUAUUACCAGGAUAAAAUUCUUAUGAGAUUGUAUAAACCACCUCAACUUUUAGAUGAUGCCACUUGGGCUGAGCUCCAUCAAGUAGUCCUACCCGUCACCUUAAGAGAGCCAGUGAUGGAGAUCGCUCAUGGGAACCUAGCCGGCCAUCAUGGGAUCAGGAAAACUUGUGAGAAGCUACUUAAUGAGUUUUAUUGGCCCGGUCUUAGGAAGGAUGUUGCCUCAUUUGUUAAUUCUUGCCACACUUGCCAGGUAAUGGGGAAACCCAACCAGAAUAUCCCUCCUCAUCCUAGAGCUGGCCUUGCACCUGGCUCACCAGAGAGACCUGUAUGUUCUAUUUCGUUAGAAACCACCACCACUCAUGCAGAAGGGACAAAUAAUUCAUCCAUAUUAUGUAACCCAUCUAAUUACCUGUCCCAUCUCUCAUCCUCUCAAUCAAAAGACAUCCUAUCCAUCCUUCCAGUUUCAUGUGUUCAAUGAUCAUCCAAACCUGUGUAACCUCACCUCUCAUGACGUCAAGCUCCUCCCCGGCACCUCUCCUCUUCGUCACCCUCCAUAUCGCAUAAGCCCCAGGAAACGUGACCAGAUGAGGCAAGAGGUGGACUAUCUACUCGAGCAGGGGCUGGCGAAACCCAGCCAGUCUCCUUGGGCGUCACCUUGUCUACUCGUCCCCAAGGAAGAUGGACAGCUGCGUCUCUGCACCGACUACCGCAGGGUCAACGCUGUGACAGUCCCAGACGCCUACCCCCUGCCACGGAUAGACGACUUGAUCGAUGAGAGCAUUGGGAGCAGCACCUUACGAGACUCAGGGAUGUGCUGACAAGGCUGCAGGCAGCCCACUUCACCGUGAAGCUGGCUAAGACUACCUUCGGCCGAGCAACGGUGACGUACCUGGGCCACGUGGUGGGCAAUGGCAGAGUACGACCCAAGGAAGCCAACAUCUCUGCCAUCCUUGAAUAC